AUACUUUUCAAUAGAGAGAAACAAUAUGUUACAUUUCAACAUAUGAACAAUAUAUUAAUAUUUAUCACAAAAAUAAUACUAUAUUUUAUUAUUUUUAGUUUUAUCAAUUGAGCUGGAUGUGCAACCUAAUACUGUACAAGGUGUUUGGAAUACUUCUGCAGGUGGAAUUAGUACUUUAUCUUCACCAGGCACAAAUGUUGGAAAUUAUCCGGCUACUCAAGGAAUUAGUUCUCUAUUCGAUGACAAUGCCAAUACAAUAUAUUCAAGUCGAGGUAGUUCAAUUGGAAAUAAUUUAAUUGCAGGUCUUAAUACUGGUUUUUAUGUUACUAUUGCACAAUGCCAACCAGUACUUACUGGAUUUAGUUAUGGUUAUACUACAAGUAGUCCGCAAAAUGAUCCACUUACUGUUACAGUUGAAGGAACAAAUUGUGCUAAUCUGCAAACUUGUAAUACUUGGACACUACUUUAUAAUGGAUCAAGUGGUCUUGAUAUAUCAGGAACUAAUGCAACGUAUGGAGUUGUUGAAACAGUUUCAAAUACUGUUUCAUACCAGAGUUAUCGUUUUCUUGUUACAAGCAAAAGAUCUACAAGUUCUUUUGUGAGUUAUAGUGAUGUAGAGUUCUUUGGUUAUUCAACUCAAACCACAGCAAAUAAAACAGCAAGUUCACCAACAUUAUUCGUCAUACAAGCUGCGUCUUUAGAAGCUCUAUGGAACAUAAAUAUAGGUGGACUUAGUACAAUUGCAACAGAAAAUUCAGCAGGUGCUGGAACAUAUUUUACUAACUCGGGUCCAGAUAAUUUGUUUGAUAAUGCAAACAAUACUUAUUAUACAAGUCGAGGUAAUUUUUCAGGAGUCAGUGCAGUUUCCGGUCUUUAUACUGGUUUUCAUGUUACUAUUGCACAGUGUCAACCGACACUCGUUACAUUUCGUCUCGCUACGGGAUCAACAUCGGCUUAUGAUCCUUUGACUAUUGCACUUGAAGGAACUAACUGUAAUGAUUUAUUAAGUUGUACAAGUUGGGCAACUCUUUACAAUGAUACAUCAGGAUUAACAAGUAUUGCAGAUCGUGGUGCUUUUGGAAAUUAUCUAAGUAUUCCAUCACCUCAAUCAUUUACAGGUUAUCGUCUCAGUGUUCUUAGUAAAAGGAGCUCCGGUGCUUGGGUUUCUUACAGUGCAGUAGAAUUUUAUGGUUAUUAG